GUGACGCUGAGUGUAAGGAUGGAGACGCUGGCUCCAGUCGCGGGAUGACAGCAGCAACCCGAAAAGAAGUCCUCUGCCUCUACCGAAGCAUUUUCAGGCUUGCACGGAAAUGGCAGGCAGCAUCAGGGCAGAUGGAAGACACCAUCGAAGAAAAACAGUACAUACUAAAUGAAGCCAGAACACUGUUCCAGAAAAACAAAAAUCUCACAGACCCAGACAUGAUUAAGCAAUGUAUAGUUGAAUGCACAGCCAGGAUUGAGAUUGGACUACAUUACCAGAUUCCUUAUCCAAGACCUAUCCAUCUGCCUCCAAUGGGUCUCACCCCACGACGAGGCCGGGGACUUCAAACCCAGGAGAAACUGAGAAAACUUUCCAAACCAGUGUAUCUGAAGUCUCAUGAUGAAGUUUCCUAACAAGGAGGACACUUUUGAGGGUGGUGAGCCAACUUGGUUUUGAAUGUAAACCAGGAAAUAUACCCUUCUUGAUUAGAAGAAAAAAAUACCUUCAGACCUCCAAAAUUGGUCUUCACCUAUGACAUAUGGCUGCAGGCAUUCCUAGAGUUGUUUAGGGUCUUGUUUGCUGCCUGAGCUGAGGACUAGCUUGGUGAUCAGGUCUGAUGGUCAUUUAUGGUGUCAACUUGACUACACCUAGAAUUAACCAAAACCCAAGCAUCUGGGUACCUGUGAGGGAUUUUUUGUAAAUCAUUUAAAGUUGGAAGAUAUGCCUUUUGAGGUAGGAAGAUACACUUUUAAUCUGUAUCACACCUUCUAGUUAUAGCUUAUAUAAAGAACAUGAAAGAAGGAAACCUUCGUUUUUUGCCUGCUUGCCCUCACUCACUGGCAUUAGAUUCUACUUCUUUGGGAUUCUGACAUAUCCUGAAGACUGAGACAUCCAGCUUCAUGGACUGAACAAUUACUGGAUUUGAAGACAGCCAUUGUUGGACUAGCUAGCCCACAGCCUGUAAGCCCCUCUAAUA